AUGGCGGAGAAAGAUCAGCUGGACCGAGAAACCUUCUCUUGUUCGAUCUGUUUGGAUCUACUGAAUGAUCCGGUGGGUCUUCCCUGUGGACACAGCUACUGUAUGAGCUGUAUUAAAGGAUUCUGGGAUGGAGAGGAUGAGAGGAAGAUCUACAGCUGCCCUCAGUGCAGAGAGGCCUUCACACCGAGGCCUGUCCUGAAGAAAAACACCAUGUUAGCAGCUUUAGUGGAGCAGCUGAAGAAGACUGGACUCCAAGCUGCUCCUGCUGAUCUCUGUUAUGCUGGACCUGAAGAUGUGGCCUGUGAUGUCUGCACUGGGAGGAAGCUGAAAGCCUUCAAGUCCUGUCUGACGUGUCUGAUGUCUUACUGUGAGAAUCACCUCCAGUCUCACUUUGAAUUAACCAAAUUAAAGAAACACAAGCUGGUGGAGCCCUCGGAGAAGCUCCAGGAGAACAUCUGCUCUCGUCAUGAUGAGGUGAUGAAGAUAUUCUGCCGUACAGAUAGGAAGUGUAUCUGUUAUCUGUGCACUAUGGAGGAUCAUAAAGGCCAUUACACAGUCCCAGCUGCAGCAGAAAGGACUGAGAGGCAGAGAGAGCUCGAGGUGAGUCGACUAAACAUCCAGCAGAGAAUCCAGGACAGAGAGAAAGAUGUGAAGCUGCUUCAACAGGAGGUGAAGGCCAUCAAUCGCUCUGCUGAUAAAGCAGUGAAGGACAGUGAGAAGAUCUUCACUGAGCUGAUCCAUAUCCUCCAGAAAAGAAGCUCUGAUGUGAAGCAGCAGAUCAGAUCCCAGCAGGAAACUCAAGUGAGUGGAGUCAAAGGGCUUCAGGAGAAGCUGCAGCAGGAGAUCACUGAGCUGAAGAGGAAAGACGCUGAACUGAAGCAGCUCUCACACACAGAGAAUCAUACCCAGUUUCUACACAACUACCCCUCAGUGUCACAACUCAGUGAACCUACAGACUCAUCCAGCAUCAAUAUCCGUCCUCUCAGACACUUUGAGGAUGUGACACCAGCUGUGUCAGAGCUCAGAGAUAAACUACAGGACAUCCUGAGGGACAAAUGGACAAACAUCUCACUAGCAGUGACUGAAGUGGACGUUUUACUGCCACAACCAGAGCCCAAGACCAGAGCUGAGUUCUUAAGAUAUUCACGUGAAAUUACUCUGGAUCCAAACACAGCAAACACAGACCUGUUAUUAUCUGAGGGGAACAGAAAAGUAACAUGGAUGAGUCAACCACAGUCUUAUUCUAGACACACAGACAGAUUCACUGAUCAGUGGCAGGUCCUAAGUAGAGAGAGUCUGACUGGACGUUGUUACUGGGAGGUGGAGUUGAGAGGGUUAGAUGUUUAUGUAGCAGUUGCACACAAGAAUAUCAGCAGAGCAGGAAGUGAAUCUGCAUUUGGAUGUAAUGGCAAAUCUUGGUCUUUAUGGUGUGACACUAACAGUUAUGAAUUUUGGUUCAACAACAUUAAAACUCCUGUCUCAGGUCCUGUUUCCUACAGAGUCGGAGUGUACCUGGAUCACAGAGCAGGUAUUCUGUCCUUCUACAGCGUCUCUGAAACCAUGACUCUCCUCCACAGAGUCCAGACCACAUUCACUCAGACUCUCUAUGCUGGACUUUGGAGUUCAAACCUGCCUGAGAUGAGUGGAGCGACAGUGACACCUGCUGGACAAACACCAGAACUGCAGCUGAACAGCACAGAGCUGUCAGGCUGCAUUCAGCAGAAACACGGAAGUGAAACUCAGUCGUUGCCUCUGAGAGCUGAAAUGGCACAGAACUAUCAGCUGGACCAAGAAACCUUCUCUUGUUCGAUCUGUCUGGAUCUACUGAAGGAUCCGGUGGGUCUUUCCUGUGGACACAGCUACUGUAUGAACUGUAUUAAAGGAUUCUGGGAUGGAGAGGAUGAGAGGAAGAUCUACAGCUGCCCUCAGUGUAGAGAGGCCUUCACACCGAGGCCUGUCCUGAAGAAAAACACCAUGUUAGCAGCUUUAGUGGAGCAGCUGAAGAAGACUGGACUCCAAGCUGCUCCUGCUGAUCACUGCUAUGCUGGACCUGAAGAUGUGGCCUGUGAUGUCUGCACUGGGAGGAAGCUGAAAGCCUUCAAGUCCUGUAUAAGGUGUCUGAUGUCUUACUGUGAGAAUCACCUCCAGUCUCACUUUGAAUCAACCAAAUUAAAGAAACACAAGCUGGUGGAGCCCUCGGAGAAGCUCCAGGAGAACAUCUGCUCUCGUCAUGAUGAGGUGAUGAAGAUAUUCUGCCGUACAGAUAAGAAGUGUAUCUGUUAUCUGUGCACUAUGGAGGAUCAUAAAGGCCACGACACAGUCCCAGCUGUAGCAGAAAGGACUGAGAGGCAGAGAGAGCUCGAGGUGAGUCGACUAAACAUCCAGCAGAGAAUCCAGGACAGAGAGAAAGAUGUGAAGCUGCUUCAACAGGAGGUGGAGGCCAUCAGUCGCUCUGCUGAUAAAGCCGUGGAGGACAGUGAGAAGAUCUUCACUCAGCUGAUCCGUCUCCUCCAGAAAAGAAGCUCUGAUGUGAAGCAGCAGAUCAGAUCCCAGCAGGAAACUGAAGUGAGUGGAGUCAAAGAGCUUCAGGAGAAGCUGCAGCAGGAGAUCACUGAGCUGAAGAGGAAAGACGCUGAACUGAAGCAGCUCUCACACACAGAGGAUCACAACCAGUUUCUACACGACUACCCCUCAGUGUCACAACUCAGUGAACCUACAGACUCAUCCAGCAUCAAUAUCCGUCCUCUCAGAUACUUUGAGGAUGUGACAGCAGCUGUGUCAGAGCUCAGAGAUAAACUACAGGACAUCCUGAGGGACAAAUGGACAAACAUCUCACUGACAGUGACUGAAGUGGACGUUUUACUGUCAGAACCAGAACCACAACCCAAGACCAGAGCUGAGUUCUUAAGAUAUUCACGUGAAAUCACUCUGGAUCCAAACACAGCAAACACACAGCUGUUAUUAUCUGAGGGGAACAGAAAAGUAUCAUGGAUGAGUCAACCACAGUCUUAUUCUAGUCAUAAAGACAGAUUCAUUGAUCAUCUUCAGGUCCUGAGUAGAGAGAGUUUGACUGGACGUUGUUACUGGGAGGUGGAGUGGGAAGGGUUAGGUGUUUAUGUAGCAGUCGCAUACAAGAAUAUCAGCAGAUCAGAUGAUGAAUCUCUAUUUGGACGUAAUGACAAAUCUUGGUCUUUAGGUUGUUACACUAACAGUUAUGAAUUUUGGUUCAACGACAUUAAAACUCGCGUCUCAGGUCCUCGUUCCUCCAGAGUCGGAGUGUACCUGGAUCACAGAGCAGGUAUUCUGUCCUUCUACGAUGUCUCUAAAACCAUGACUCUCCUCCACAGAGUCCAGACCACAUUCACUCAGCCUCUCUAUGCUGGAUUUAGGGUUUAUUUUGAAUCCACAGCUGAGUUGUGUAAAGUGAAAUAG